CCCGUUUCAGGCCAGGACCUCCCCCGCUGGCUCUACACUCCGGACCGGCCUCGCCCCUCCCCAGUCCCGCUCUCCUCUCGGAAGUCUCCAGCCUCCCGGGCUCCGCUCCGCGCGACCCUCCGCGACGGACAGGUCGGACCAUCGGACCGUCGCUGGCACCUCGGACUCUGAGCUGCAGGCGGAACGGAGGUGAAACCCGCCCGCUGGCCGGCCCCGCCACGACCUCCUGCCUGGGCCCCAGAAGCUCCGCCAGCCCGUCUCCCGGCCAGGACUCCCCCUCUAGCCCGGCCGCCGCGAGGCCCCGCCCAGCGGAGGCCCCGCCCCCAGCCAGCAUGCAGCCGCAGGACCUCAGUGUGCAGUACAGCAGGUGGGAGGAAGUCAGCGUGGGGGCUGCGUCCGGCGCCGGCACGGAGGAGGCCUCCAGCUGGGAGGGGCUGUCCCCGAAGCUGUGCUCGCGCAAGCUGGGUGUCGCCAUGAAGGUGCUGGGAGGAGUGGCCCUCUUCUGGGUCGUCUUCAUCCUGGGCUACGUCGCUGGCUACUUCAUACACAAGUGCAAAUGAGCGCUGGGCACGGGCUGGAGGGACGUGGGUGUCUGGGAGCCCCUUUGUACACCCUCCCCCUUAUACACAGCCCCUCCCCAGUCCCAGGGCGCAGGGGCACACCCAGCGUGCAGGACACGCACAGGCACCUGUGUGCACACCGUCACAGGCCCCUCCUCGGGUGCACCCGCAGGGAUGCCUGUGUGCGAGGACACUUGCCCGUGGCCAGCACAGGCACACCUAGCCUGGGGUGCCCGCGGCCUGGAGCCCUGGGACCAGCCUGAGCUGGGGCUGCCGGCCAGGGCCCCUGGGACUGGGUGGCUGAGGUCCCCCUUGGCAGGGCCGGGGCGUGGCUCCCCCGGGGUGCGUCCAGCGCCGGCACGGAGGAGUCCUUCCUGGGCGGGCGUGGUGCGGAGCUGUGUCGCCCUGGGCAGGCCCCUGCCCUCUCUGGCCUGGCGACUCCCGUGUGCAAGGACGGCUCUGGGAAGAGCCCUGUGUGACCCUCCGCCCUCCCUCUCAGGGACCCCAUCCCCAGCCCCCUUCCUGGGCCGUGCACAGCCCAGGGACGCCCAAGGAGAGUGGUGCACGCCUGGGAGCGGUCAUUAAAUGUCUGUUGAACGAACAUGGAUGACGGCCUCUCCCGUGGGUCCCCCAGGCCAGGCAUGGCUCGGGCGCUCAGAGAGGCCAGCCAGAGGGCGCUGGACAGCUGCCAGGAGGCCGGAGGGAAGGGCCCGCCUCUCUCGCUUGGCCUUGGAAGGGCCCCUCCUGGUGGCACCCGGGGGCCAGGAUGUGGCCGGACCUGUUCCUGCCUCGUCUGAUUGAGCACACAGAGCCCUGCGGCCCCGCCCCCUCCCGGCCCUUGACCCCUGCAGACCCGUGUCUCCAGCCCUGCAGGCCCUGCCCCAGACACCUGAGGAUUCAGGGUGGGGAGGAGGGGCAGUCACUGUCCUGGUGGGCCCCAGGUCAAGACCCAGGUGUCAUGCCAUGCUGGUGGAGGUGGGCAGGGAGCAGAGACCCCAUAGGACCGGCCUGCGGGCGUGCCUGGGCCUGGAGGACAUCAGGUGAGGGAGGCCAAGCCGCCCGGUGACCUCUGGCUCUGACCCCCGAGGAGGGAGGCCAGCCGCAGGUGGGGUCUGACCCAGCCAGCUCUAGUCCUGGGUCUCAGUACCUGCCUCCAAGGGGACCCUGCCCCCACCCUCUGGCCGUCUGGGGAGGGAGGGGUGUAGCUGGGCCACCCCCACCAGCCUCACCCUGCCAGAGGCCCUCCCAGGACAGGCCCUGUGCGGUGGCUGGCAGGGGCCACACGGCCUCCGUGGGAUCUAAGCAGUGGGCAGCCCGCUCCAGGUACAGGGCCCGGGCCGGGAGCUGGAUGGGACGGGUGUCUGGGGAGCGGAGGCCUGGUCACCCCUGCCCACUGCUCCUGCCUGAGCACUCGGCUGCCCUGCGGGCUCCGAGGCCGAGAUUCCCACACAGCUGCUGAGCGCAGCUGGGCCAACCCCAGGUCAGAAUUGACUGGCCUAGGGCAACGCAGCCCGAGGGUGGAUGGGGUGGGCGGGUCAGAGGGGCCAGCAGGUGUGGUCCUUGGGUAAGGCCCGGAGCUGGGGGCUGCCCCUGAGGCCUCUGCAGCUCGGCCCGGCGGUCCAAUGUGGCCUGGAGACACGAGGGUCCUUGUGAGAGCCGCCUCCCUGGAGCCACCGCUGAUGUUGGAGGCCAACCCUGUGCCCCCCACGGCCUGUCUAGUGUCAGGAUGGAGGCCAAGGGCAACCUGGCGGGUGUGUAGCGCCCCCUUCCUGUGGGCUGUCGGCACCCCGACCCUGUCUGCUGGGGGAGCUAGGGGACCAAGGGCACAUGCAGCCUCUGAGAGGUACAGCCCUUGGGUCCCCAGCGGCACCCAAGUGGCUCAGCCCCAUGGUCCCCAGGGCCCUGUGCUGGGCACAGUCCUUAGGGCCCUGAGGAGACU